CCCCUAUUUAAAAUCUCCUCUCAUCCUCCCCUUUUCUUUAAUACUCCCCUCCUCACCUAUAUAACUAUAACUCUAUAUUUUCUCUCCUCCUCCGCCGUGGAAUUCUGGUUAUGUUCGCCGCCAAAGGUAAUCAAGCCGCCGCAACUAAACGCUUAAAUAUAGCAUUAUAAUGCCGUCGCCGAAGAGUCACCGGAAGGGAGGCCAUGAGAAGAACAAGAAGGGGCGCUUGUCGGAGAAGGCGUCGUCGUUUCACGGGAGGGAUGCCGGAGGUAUGGCCGACAUGCUUCCGCGGCCGAGGACGGUGCCGGACUUACUGGCCGGCAGGAGAGGCGGCGGGAUUCCGGCGGCGGCGAAGCUGACGAAGUUGCUUGUGAACGUGACGAUACAGAGGAGCCCUGGCCCGGUCCACGUCUUGAUGGCGCCGGAGGCCACCGUGCAUGACCUGAUCACGGCGGCGCUCCGCCAGUAUGUAAGUGAGGCGCGGCGGCCGGUGCUUCCGUCUACCGCUUGCUCCGCCUUCGAUCUCCAUUACUCUCAGUUCAGCUUAGAAAGUUUGGAUAGGGAGGUGAAGAUAGUGGAGUUGGGUUCAAGAAACUUCUUCCUCUGUCCGAGGCAGAUUGCGGCGGAGAGCGGCGGCGGCGGCGCAUCCAGCUGCUCAAAGGAGGCUGAGGAAAGCAACACAAAGAAAGGGUUACCGUGGCUUAAAUUCAUGGAUUUUUUACUGUAAUUCAAG